AUGAUCUUCGACGUCCCCUGUUUGAAGAGCCAGCUAGCGAAGACGGUGACCCCCAUCGCCAUCGUGUUGCUCCUAGGGUACUGUGAUUUUGCCGUGGGGUGGGCGCUUGGCCAUCAGGAAAUAUGGCGAUAUCACUCCCAUGGCGUAGCGAUUACGCUCUGGGUACUCGUUGGUUUCUGUCAGGUGAUGGUGUUUAUAUACUGGGCCCUUAUAUUCAUCAUCGGUCCCGGAAAGCACCCCAUACUACCAUUAUUUGACUUAUUCGAUACCGGUGACCCUCAAUUGUGUCCUCUACCGGAUAUGUUCAAUUGUGAUGCCUCCGGAUACCCGUUUUACGAGUCACUGAUUAACUCCCUAGUGGUUCCGCGGUCGUUUUUCUCGAAAAACGUCCACUACCAGGUACUCAAAUACGACCACUACUGUGUGUGGAUCGGGAUGGUGAUUGGCGAGCUGAACUACAUGUUCUUCCUAAAAUUCAUGCAGUGGUUCCUUACCAAUUUUGUCAUUAUCCUCGUGAUGACGAUCAGAUAUACCCCCGCCAACGCUCGCCACGGGUUCAAUUGGAAUCUCCUAAUUAUCUACAUCGGGCUGGCGUUCUGGAUCAUCAUGUUGGUGGCCAUGUUUGGCGUCCACCUCCGCUACGUGUCACUUGAGCUUACCACCCUCGAUGAGCUUACCGUGAAGCAAAUGCAUCGGUGGGCUAAACACCGACGUGGUCGCGAAGAACUAGGUAUACGCUACGUCAACGUCGCUCACGGCAACGACCGCAGAGUGGUCCAGUUCACCGCUGCUGAUCGCAUAUACACUAAAGGGUUUAAACAGAAUUGGAUCAAUAUGGUGUUCAAUGGUAACCGCAACCACGGCUACACCAAGCCAUACUCCACUGCACGUCUCCUAUUGGCUUGGGUAAUAACAUUCCUCCCCUUAGUGGACAUCCCGGUGGUGUUUCUGAGUCGUCGCCGGCGACUGGACCCAGAGGCCACCGAUAAACUUGCAUAUUACCACCAAUAUAGCCCGGAAUACUCAGAAGAAUUCCGAGCGUAUUGCCGCAGGCAAAUUGACCAAGGGAUCGCUUACCGUCCCACCUACAUGAAGAUUGAGUCGCAUUCUUCUCAAGAGUCUUUACCGUCACAAAAUUAA